AUUUUCUGUGUUUACUUUAGGUAAUUUGUAAAAGUUGUUUGUUUCGGUGUGAAAAUAACCUUUUAAAAAAAUAUAUUUAAUUAAUAAUUACUUUCAAAAGUCAGGUUUUGAAUUACAGUCUAUUAUAUAAAGUUUUUAAAGUAUAGGUGUACAUCAAGUUUUUUCUUGAUAAAAUUAAACUUUUUCCUAAAAAUCGAUUGCCAAGUUCUCGGGACUGCGUGAAUAUGGUAUAUCUGCAUUUUCCUUCGAAUUUGACUGAGGAAGAGUUAAUGCUACAAGCAAAGUAUCAGAAACUGAAAAAGAAGAAAAAAGCUCUACAGGCACUAAAGGCGCCUAAGCAAGAACCAGAGAAACCUAUUUUGCCUAAGCGACCUACAGAAGCUCGCGAUGCACGUGAAAUCGCUCGUAAAUUAAUUAAAAGCGGUGCAAUACAAGCAAUAAAAAGUCCUCCUCCACAACCCCAAAAUGCUACUUUUAAGCGGCCUCGAGCAGGUAGAGAGCGAAAACUAAGUGGUUCCGCAGGAGCCGCUGGUGGAGUGGCCUCAUACCAGCCAUUUAGUGCCUCACAAGAACCACCACCACCAGAAGAAAAAGCAGCUCCUCGGGUUAAAUAUUUAUAUGACUCUUUUGUUACAGCCCGUGAAAAAGAAGAAAAGACCCCAAGAAAUCUUGGUGGUGGUGGUGACACUCCUGUGGCAAGCGGUGGCAGUGGCGGUGGUGGUGGCAGUGGUAGUGGUAGUGGUGGUCGAAGUUCCACACUGCAAGUAUCAGGUGCUCGUAUUACAGAAGAAGCAAUAAGACGUAUUCUUGCAACAUAUGAGCCAUUCACAUUUAUACAAGAGCCAGAUGAAGAUAAGGUAUUCUUAACAUUUGAUUCUGUAGAAAUUGCAAAUCAUGCACAAACAGCACUAGAAGGAUCCGACGAGGGCUGGCGCGUGACGAAUUCUCGAAGACCACCAUCAACAGGUACAUGGGCGCCUGCAGCCUCCCCUCGAAAUCCGCCUCCGCCUAAAGACGCAAAACGUUCCUUAGUAACGUAUGAUGAUAUAUUUGAAUAAAUGAUUU